AAUUCUUUCAAUUCCUUCAUCUCCUCCCACCUCUUUGCCUUCCAUUCAACAUUCAGCCCCCCUUCCUCCAAGUCCCCUGUGCGAAAAUUAAAAGGAGGAAGCAAAGGGAGAGAGACAAGUCUUAUACAGCUAAGAGAGGUUGAAGAGGAGGUAGAGGGCAGAGGGCAGAGAUAAAAACAAGAGAGAGGGGUGGAAGAGAGCAAUAAUUAAGAGGGGAUGGGACCAGGUUGCAGGGCGUGGGAGGGGUGAAACAUGACCCUGUCGGUUGUUCCGGACUGCCCCCUUAAUCUCCCAUCUCAUCACCUCGUCAGAGACCCCCAUCUUCCCCCAUUUGAUGACGAGGAGCACCAGAAACAGCAGCAGCACAUCAAUCGACCCUCACCCCACACUGGAUCCUCUCCUCCUCCAGAUGGCUGGUAGGAAACGAGAUUCCACCCCACCCCCACUCAUUCUAAUGAUCCAAUAAUCCCCACUGUUCACCCAAAGCAUCCCACGCGCCCCCAGUUGCAGCCGCUUUUAGUGCUGCACUCUGCUGUUAAGUCCCUCUCACCCCCUCAUUUUUUUUCCAACUCUCUCUCUCUCUCUCUCUCUCUCCUGUUUCUCAUCUUCUUGGUGCAAUAACACCCCAAUCCUGGUCCUCCUCCCAAGGUCUGUCCCUUCUCUACAUCCAUCUUUCCACUUGCUGAGCUCUACCAUCCAUCUUGUCCUUCGCGCCUGAUUAAGCUUAGAAGAGUUUUCAGUGUUCUUUCAUUUAUGGGUUGAGAAGGAGGUGGAGGAGGAGGAAGAAUAAGAAAAACGGAGCAACAGCGGUACGUAUAUCUUCAAAGAUAGAGUAGAAUUGAUGGACUUCAGGAAUCAAGAUGAAGAUAUAGGGAUGCCCGGUUCUUUGGGUUACACCAACCCUCCUCCCAUCCGGGGAUCGGCCUUUUCCAAGCCCUCCUCCUCCUCCUCCUCCUCGUCUCUUCUCUCCCCUAGAGGAGCUGGACCUGGACCUGGACCUGGACCUGGUAAUAGAAACGGCAACCUCUUUGGCAGCAGCCCACCACCCCCUCUCAAUCCACCUGUAGAUCCCCACCCUUCUCACUCCCUCGGAAAAAACCCGGAUCCAGCUGCCAUCCCCACCGCAUCCACUCCAUCUGGUUCCAGACCGGCUAGCAGCAGCGGCAAAACUCCCGCGAUGGCAACCGAAUCUUCUGUUCGGUACCGCGAGUGCCUCCGCAACCACGCGGCCGCCGUCGGUGGCCACGUCGUCGACGGCUGCGGCGAGUUCAUGGCCUACGGCGACGCCGGCACCCCGGACGCCUUGAAGUGCGCCGCCUGCGGCUGCCACCGGAGCUUCCACCGCAAGGAUGUCGACGGCGACCCCUCCUCCUACUACCGCGGCGCCGCCGCCGCCCGGCUCCCCCUCCUCCUCCCCCCGCCCCACCCUCAGGCCCAUCACCACAAGCCGUAUCCCAUGGCCUUUCCCCCGAGCCCGUCCCGGGCGGCGCCGGGGUCGUCCUCGGCGGUGGUGGCCUUCGGCGCCAACACCAGCGGCAGCGGCGGCACGACGACGGAGUCGUCCAGCGAGGAGAGGAUGAACGCCGGGGCGCCGCCGCCGGUGGUGGUUUCGAAGAAAAGAUUCCGCACGAAGUUCACCGCGGAGCAAAAAGAGAAGAUGCUCGCCUUCGCGGAGAGGGUGGGUUGGCGGAUCCACAAGCAAGAUGAGGCAUUAGUCGAACAAUUCUGCGCCGAGGUCGGAGUUCGAAGGCAAGUUUUGAAGGUUUGGAUGCACAACAACAAGCAUACUAUCCGAAGGCAGCAGCAGCAGCAGCAGCAACCAGAGCAGCAACAAGAGCAGCAACCGCCACCUCCGCAACACCAGCAGCAGCCUUGACGUCCGUUUGGCUAGUUGGAUGAUGAAAGAAAAGAUGCUUGAGAAGGAGAUGAAGAAGAUAAAAGAAGAAACAAGAGAGGGGGAGAGUUUUCCACUUCUUGGUGUUUUACUGGUUUGGCUGCUUUCCUUUGAUCUCUUCUUCUUCUUCUUUAGUAUUAUUUUCCACUUUAAACAGCGAUUUGUUUUUUUAACAUAUGUUGUGAUCUGAAUAUUUGCUUUCUUCUAGUUAGGACUUAGAUUUCCAAUGACAUGAGAUCCAUUUCAUUUCUUGAGCUUAUUAGCAUAGGUGUGGUUCCUCACCGGUUCUCCAAAGUGGCGGCCUUUGUGGUGAAAGAUCUUGGAAGAAAUUUCUUCCGUCAUUAAGUUUUCUUUCCAUGUUUUCAA